AUGGCAAACACGAAUCCCGAGUCGCAGGAUUUGAGCGCCGGCGCCCACCUUCCCCCACCCCGCACCCCGGAACGGGACCGCGGCGUUGCUGAGCAGAGGACGCGGCUGCCAUUCGAUGGAUCUCCCCCCCGCACCCCCCGUGGGGACGGGCAGGGCAGGACUCCUGCACCGUCCAAAUUUCAGCCCUGGGCCGGGGGCGACGACGGGGGCGGGGGUGGGGGAGAAAAGGUGGCAGGGUGUGCCCGCCGCAGCUGGGACCCGUCUGUGCCUCCUCGAACAACUUCAAGCGGCGGAGGCUGCGCCCCGCUCCCGCGGAAGGGACCUUUCCUGGGCCAGCCGCGAGCGCGAGGCUCUCCUCCUCUUCCUCAGCGCUGUCACCCGCAGCGGCCGGCAGAACCCUGUCCGGAGGAGCCCCUCCAGCCGCAGGGCAGCCUGCCUUCUUGCCCGCCGGAGGAGCGCAGCUCCCGGGACCCCGCCAGCAGCAGCAGCGGCAGCGGCAGCGAUGGCGAGAGCGUCCCGGUGUCGCCCAGCAGCCACGCUCCCUUGUCGCCGGCCGCGCCGUGCCUCCCGCCGCCGCAGCAGCACCCCCGGCCGCCGCCGCCGCCGCCGCCUCCACCACCGCCGCCGCCGCCGCCGCCGCCACAGCAGCAGCAGCAGCAGCAGCAACAGCAGCAGCAGCAUCGCACCACCAACUUUUUCAUCGACAACAUCCUGAGGCCGGACUUUGGCUGCAAGAAAGAGCAGCUCUUGAUCCUCGCCGGGACUGCGGGAGGAGGAGGAGGAGGCGGCGGCGGCGGCGGCGGCUGCGGCCGGGAAAGAGACCUAGAUCGCGCGGCCAGCUCAGGUAGAGAAAAUGUCAACCCACUGCUCGGCAGGCCCCCCAACCCGGCCUCCUCUCUCCUUAGCGCGGACUCGCACGGGAACCCCGAGCGCUCCUCCACGGCCUCCAAGGCGAGCCCCGCCACGGCGGCAGCAGCGGUAGGGACGGCCAAGCCCCCCUCCUCCUCCACCUCCUCCUCCUCCUCCUCCUCCUCUUCCUCCUCCUCCUGCUCGGAAGGGAGUGGAACUAACCCGGCGAAGUACGGGGAGCACGCCAACCCCGCCAUCCUCCUCAUGGGCUCCAAUAAUGGAGGAGCCGUGGUCAAGAGCGAUAGUCAGCAGCCGCUGGUUUGGCCGGCCUGGGUUUACUGCACUAGGUACUCAGACAGACCAUCCUCGGGUCCCCGCACGAGGAAGCUGAAGAAGAAGAAGAACGAGAAGGAAGACAAGCGGCCCCGGACCGCGUUCACGGCGGAGCAGCUCCAAAGACUCAAGGCGGAGUUCCAGGCGAACCGCUACAUCACCGAGCAGCGGCGGCAGACUUUGGCUCAGGAGCUCAGCCUCAACGAAUCGCAGAUCAAGAUCUGGUUCCAGAACAAGCGAGCCAAGAUCAAGAAGGCCACCGGCAUCAAGAACGGCCUCGCCCUCCACCUCAUGGCCCAAGGACUUUACAACCAUUCCACCACCACCGUGCAAGACAAAGAGGACAGCGAAUGAGCGGGCUCCCGGAGACUUUCGCUUUGGUUUUUUUAAAUUCCUAACCUUAUUAUUAUAAUUAUU